CUGAAAGUGCUGAAAUAUUUCCUCAAUGGCGUGUUUGCGUUUUUGUUGCUCAUAAAAAUCGGUCUGCUGUGAGAAAAGCAGAGCUCAGUAACUCUCAGCUCGUCGAUGGCGGCAAGGCGGCCAUUUAUCCACUGCAAGAAAUUCGCUAGACCUACACGCAGUUUUUCUACUAACAGCCCCGUUAACCAUUCCUCUAGUUCUGCUCAAACCCUUUCGUCGGCUUCGUUUUUGCUCGAAAAGAUUUUGUGGGCUCUAAAGAGAGGUCAGUCGAUCAAUACCUAUUUGUUUUAUCAGCUAAACCCAUCAACAUACGCUCAAGUUCUUUGCGAAUGUCGUGAUGAUUUGCGUAUUGGUCAGAAGUUUAUUGAUUUAAUAGCAUUAAAUUACCCGAAUUUCAAGCAUUCGUCGUGGUCGUUAAGCGCGGCGGUACAUGUGUUAGUGAGGAGUAAGAGACUACCUGAUGCGCAGGCUUUGAUCCUAAGGAUGAUUAGAAGGAGUGGGGCUUCUAGAACUGAGAUUAUUGAUUCGUUAUUGGGUACUUAUGAGAAAUGUGGGUCGAAUCUUUAUGUUUUUGAUUUGUUUAUUAGGACUUAUGUGCAAGCUAGGAAGUUUAGAGAGGCUGUUGAGGCGUUUCGGGCAUUGAAAAUUAGGAAUGUUUGCGUUUCUAUUAAUGUGUGUAAUAGUCUUCUUGGAGGACUAGGUAAAAUCGGGUGGGUUGAUUUGGCAAGAGAAGUGUAUGAGGAAAUGGUGAGAAGUAGAAUGGACUUGAAUUCGUAUACGCUCAACAUCAUGGUAAAUGUGUUCUGUAAGGAUGGUAAAAUAGAGAAAGCAAAAGAGUUUCUAAUGGAGAUGGAGAAAAGAGGGAUCUUUGCGGAUAUUGUGACGUAUAAUACUAUGAUCAAUGCUUAUUGUCGUGCAGGGCAUAUUGAGAAAGGUCUCGUGAUGAUGAGGUUGAUGCGGGAUAAGGAUAUGGAACCAUGUCUUUUGACUUAUAAUUCAAUUGUCAAUGGUUUGUGUAAAAAUGGGCGGUACGAGAGAGCAAAGGAAGUUUUUAAUGAGAUGAUCCAGAUUGGGAUGAGCCCUGAUACUGCCACUUAUAACACCUUGCUAGUUGAAUGUUGCAGGAAGGAUAAUGUGGUCGAAGCCGAGGGUCUUUUUGAUGAAAUGUUGCGUCGUGGUGUCGUCCCAGAUUUAGUUAGUUACAGUUCGAUUAUUGGGUUUUUUUCAAGAACCGGCAAUCUUGAUCGGAUGAUGACUUAUUACAGGGAUAUGCAGUCCAAAGGUCUGACCCCUGACAAAUUUGUUUAUACCAUUCUGAUUGGUGGAUUCUGUAGACACGGUGCUAUCUCUGAUGCUAUGAAAGUGCGUGAUGAAAUGAUGAAGCUAGGUUGCCAUAUGGAUGUGGUGACUUACAAUAGUAUCUUGAAUGGCUUAUGCAAAGAAAAGAUGCUUUGCGAGGCAGAUGCGCUUUUCAAUGAGAUGCUGGAAAGGGGUGUGUUUCCUGAUUUUUGUACUUAUACAACUCUAAUAAAUGGAUAUUGCAAGACCGGAUAUAUGGAUAAAGCAUCAAGUUUGUUUACUUCUAUGCUUCAAAGAAAUCUAAAGCCUGAUGUAAUUACAUACAAUACCUUGAUUGAUGGAUUUUGCAAGGCAGGUGAAAUGGAAAGGGCCAUAGAGUUGAGGGACGACAUGAUUUCUAAAAUGAUACAUCCUAACUACAUCACAUACGGCACUCUAAUGAAUGGAUUCUGUGACGGUGGAUUUCUAUCUGAGGCAUUUAAAUUGUGGAAUGAGAUGAUUGAUAAAGGCAUUGAGCCUAACAUUAUUAUUUGCAAUUGCCUUAUAAAGGGCUAUUGCAGGCAUGGUGAUCCGGGAAAGGCACUUGAGUUUCUGAAAAAGAUGAAGCCCAGAGGAAUCUUUCCUGAUUGCAUCAGUUAUAACACUCUUAUACAUGGAUUUAUGAAGGAGGAAAAUAUUGACACAGCUUUUGACUUGGUGAAACGAAUGGAGAAAGAAGAUCUUGUACCGGAUCUAGUUACCUAUAAUGUUAUUUUGGCUCAGUUUUGUAGGCUUGGUAGAAUGCAAGAAGCCAAUACAAUAUACAGAAAGAUGAUUGAGAAGGGCGUGAAUCCUGAUAGGUCAACCUACACAUCAUUAAUAAAUGGUUAUGUCUCACAGGAAAAUUUAAAGCAAGCUUUUAAGCUCCACGAUGAGAUGCUGCAGAGGGGCUUCGUCCCUGAUGAUAAGUUUUAGUUUGCAUGUCGGAAUGGCUAUAUCUCAGAGGCAGUUGAAGGAUUCUGGUUGCUACACUUUUCCGGCAUUAAACGCACAACGUUGUUAGCAAACAGGUCAAAUAUUGACCUGGAAAUGAAGGAAUUGUCGACGUACUGAGUAGACUGGAAGGGCGUGGGCUUGAAGAACAAGGCAUAGUAUGAAAAACAUAAAUUUUCUUUCUUAACAAAGAAUCAUACAUAGCCCAGGAAUUGAAUGAGGAUAUGAAUGAAUGCAAGAUGGAAAAAUGAUGCAUCCA